GGGCGGAGGCGGCCCGCGGUGAAGCCGCUCUCGUUGUCGCUUACAGCUCCUGCGUUCUAUGAGCGCCGGUCUUGUCUCCCCCAGCUAGACUGUGAGCGCCCCCAUGGCGGGGACCUGCACCCCCACCUCUUCGGCUUUCGGCCGACGUUUAUGUGCUAUGUGCCCAGCCCGGUGCUGGCUCCGUUAGGAGACACAGAUUUUGGCUAUGGAAAGGGGAAAUGUACUAAGCAAAGUCCGACGGGAGCCCAUGAGACGCGCUUUGGAGGUGACAAACUUGAAGACCUUGAAGAAGCCAAUCCGUUUUCCUUUAAAGAGUUCCUGAAAACCAAGAACCUUAGCCUGUCAAAAGAAGACACGACCAACAGUCGAGUUUACCCGAAGGAAGCCUCGAGGCACCCACUGGGACUAGACCACAGCUCCCCUGCCUCCCAGCCCGUGGGGUAUGGCCUGGAAUAUCAGCAGCCGUUUUUUCAAGACCCAACGAGAGCCAGCAACCUGGAGGAGGACGAGGAAGAAGAUGGGUGGAAUGGAGCCUACUUGCCAUCCGCUGUGGAGCAGACUCAUUCUUCUAGGGCCACAGAGAAUUCAUCGCCCUGUGGCACCUACCUGUCCUUUUUUUCCAACACAUCAGAGCUGGCAGGUCCUGAGUCUUUGCCCCCAUGGACACUGAGUGACACCGACUCAAGGAUCUCUCCAGCAUCUCCAGCUGGGAGUCCUAAUGCAGACUUUACAGCUCUCGGAGAGUCCCUGGGAGACAGACACCUGCGGACGCUGCAGAUAAGCUAUGAAGCGCUGAAAGAUGAAAAUUCUAAGCUCAGAAGAAAGCUAAGUGAGGUUCAGAGCUUCUCUGAAACUCAGACAGAAAUGGUGAGGACGCUUGAACGAAAGUUGGAAGCGAAGAUGAUCAAGGAGGAGAGUGACUUCCAUGACCUGGAGUCAGUGGUCCAGCAAGUCGAACAGAACCUCGAACUGAUGACCAAACGAGCUAUAAAAGCAGAAAAUCAUGUCUUGAAGCUGAAACAGGAAGUAAGUUUGCUCCAGACACAGCUCUCCAACUUCAAGCGAGAGAAUGAAGCCCUGCGGUCAGGCCAGGGUGCCAGCCUUACAGUGGUGAAGCAGAACACCGAUGUGGCCUUGCAGAACCUCCAUGUUGUCAUGAACAGUGCACAUGCAUCCAUAAAGCAGCUGGUGUCUGGAGCAGAGACACUGAACCUUGUUGCUGAAAUCCUUAAGUCCAUCGACAGAAUUACUGAAGUUAAAGAUGAGGCGGACUCUUGAGAACCACUAGCUGCCACCAGUUUGCACCACCUCUGCACCUGUGCCACCACGUCUUCCAAACAUGCCCCUAACUAUGCAGUCUUCAGCAAAGCAUUUCAUGGCCUAAGCAGUGUUGCUGGCCCCCUGCAGUGUGGGCUCCUCUCCAGCAGUUGCACUGACGGUUUACAUGCAGUCCUUUGGGGGAAGUCCCACUGUCGAUAGACUCACAGAUUUACUGGAAGGCAUUUUUAUAAAAUCCAGCAGUUUUUAGAAACCACUAAAGCUGAAAUCAGCACUUUCAUAAGAAGCCUCUUCCACUAUCCUCUUGAAUUUACCUGUCGGAUAAACUUGGGCUCAACCUCAACUUUGUUAAGCUGAACACUAAGUGAGCCCAUGUGGAAGUGAGCAGCCUGUACAGGGACUCAAGCCCUUUUUCUGUUAUUUAGUACCUCACUAGCUGAUGGUUGACGUUGUGACCUCCACAGGGUGGUUCCUGCUGUCAACCUCAGUAAGGCAGCAUCAAUUGAUAGAUACUGCCCUCCCACCAGGACCAUAGCACCAACCAACGUCACAGAUACUCCAUAUUGCAAAUCUUCGUAAACUCACUGCGGUGAGCCUUCGGCUUUGGAAAGCCAUCUGGGGCUGUCAGUUCUGAUUCAUGUUAUAUGUCAAUGAGCCUUUUGCAUAGGGCAGUUCAGACUGAAAUUUAAAGGGCCCACACACACAUCCUGGGGAGUCAGCACCAGGUCUUUGGGCUUUCUGAUUUUUCAAGGACAAGCAAGGCAUAAUCAGCACCCUGUGCCUUACUGAGGGGCGGGGGCUUGGGGACCAUUUUCCUAUAGAUUUUUUUUUUUUUAAUUUUCUUUUCCCCUCCUGUUGAGAUCAACAGCUUUCUUGUCUAAAUAAAUCCUGAAGCUCA